GUUCAACCCCAGAUGAGCCAAAAAGUCGCCGACACCGCCGUCCUUCCUGCCGACGUCGCCACCGAGCCGGUUGGUGAGCCGUCGCCCUUCAUCCAAGCAUGCAAGUCGGGUUAUGUCGACGCUGUCAAGGCGUUUUUGGCGGAACUCGACGUUGAUGUGAAUGAAGCGGACCAGGAUGGAUGCACGGGUCUGAUGGCCGCUACCAUGGAGCAAUCGCUGGACGUCGUCGAUCUGUUGCUUCUCGACUCGCGCGUGCUCAUCAACGCCGUCGACAACGAACGUGACACGGCGUUUAUGAUUGCUUGCGCGACUGGCAACGUGCCGCUCGUGACGCGAUUCGUCCAAGAAUCGUCCUUGGCCCUCAACCACGUGAACGCCCGCGGCAUGAGUGGGUUCGUCGUCGCGUGUAUGCUCGGCCAGAAGGACGUCGUGAUCUACCUCAAAGACCAGGAACAACUCAAUGUCCAGCACCUUAGCAUGGGCUUGUACUUUGCCGGUGUGGGCGGCCAGCCAGACAUCUUGGGUCUCUUGGCGUCGUUGCCAAAUGUCGACGUGAACAUUGCCGAUCCUAUGCACGGCAACACGGCGUUGAUUGUAGCCAGUCAAUUUGGACACGAAGACGCCGUGAAGCGGCUGCUGGAACAGGAAUCGAUUCAAAUCAAUCACGCCAACAAGUACGGCGGGAACGCCUUUCGAAGCGCGUGCGACCGAGGGCACAUUGCCAUUGUCGACCUCUUGCUCAACCGACCCGAGUUUGCACUAGACGACUUGAACGAGGGCUUCGUCGCGGCGGUGGCCAACGGCCACUUGGAACUGGUCCGCAAAUUGCUUGCGUUUCCCCAAGUGGACGUCAAUUACGCCGUGCAGCCGCCGGAUUCAACUGUGCUGUUGACCCCACUGACCGUCGCCGCCAGCAGCGGGCACGUCGAUGUGCUCGAGGAACUGCUCACGCGCCCGUCCAUCCGAGUGAAUCCUUUAGACCAGACGUUUGCGUCGCCGCUGGUUCAAGCCAGCUACAACGGCCACGUGGAAGUUGUCAACGUGCUUCUCCACCACCCCGACCUCGACCCGAAUCAGCGCAACGAUUACAACAACAACGCGUUGUACGCAGCUGUGGCCCACGGCCACGAAGCGGUGGCGUUGCGGUUGCUCGCCGUGCCCGGGUUCCAAGUGCACAACUUGAACACGGCCCACCAAAAUGCGUUUAUGAUUGCCAGCUGCUUGGACCAAGCCUCGGUCGUCGAGACGAUUCUGGCGCUGCCGGACGUCGACGUCAACGUCGCCGACGUGGAUGGGAAGACGGCGCUACUGCUGGCUGUGGCGAAAGCGGCCACGAACGUCCUCCCGCUGCUUCUUGCGCAUCCUUCGCUCGAUGUGAACCAGACCGACAACAAUGGAUCAUCGGCGCUGCUGGUGGCGUGUGCGACAGGGCGUGGCGAUGUGCUCCGCCUGCUCUUGGCCCAUCCCACGAUUGACCUGAACUUGGCCUCAACCGUAGUACGACUUACAUGGUUGCGUAUAUGACGAAGAUACAUGUAGGACACAUCCACGGUGGUCUUGGCCGCGGCUUUGAACGGGGCCGCAGACAUGCUGGCGAUUCUCGUGCAGGAUAAGCGUGCAGAUGUGAACGUUGUGGACAAGCUCGGCAACACGGCGCUGAUUGCCGCGAGUCACACCAACCGGCCGGAUGUGGUGCGGGUGCUGCUGUCGCGGACAGACGUGGACCUGUCGGUGCAGAAUUUGGAGGGCAAGACCGCAUUGGACAUUGCCACGUCCAACUACUUUCAAGACGUGGUGGAUUUGCUCGUGGCGCAUCGGUAAGGAAGUAUGGGGGGCGUGGAUGGUUCACAAGCAGCGAUAAAGAAACAAAGAAUAGAAUUCAUUCCCGAGUGUUGUGGUUGAUAAUAAUUCAU